AUGAAUCUGCAGACAGCCUUGGAUGCGGCUUCGGCUGGUAGUGAUCAAUCUGGGAAGCGCCAUUGGCAGCAAAGCAACGGUUUCAGAGGCAACAUCGGUUUGGGAAACAGCAAUGGUUACGUAAGCAGCAGCAGUAUUCAAAGUGGCAGUAGCUUCGGAGGCAUCAACGGAGGCAGCAACAGAUUUGGAGGUAGUAUCGUUUUCGUAGGCAGUGAUAGUUUGGGAAGCAGCAAUGAUUUUGGUAUCAGCAAUGUUUUUGGAGGCAGAUUUGGUUUAGGAAGUAGCAGUGUUCUAGGGAGUAACAAGGGAUUUGAAACCAGCAAUGGUUUUGGUAGCAGCAGUGGUUUCGAAGAUGGCAGCGAUUUUGGGAUUGGUAUCAAUUUCUUUUCUAGCAGUUUAGAAGGCAAUAACGGAGAGCUUGGCAUUGGUGGUGCUGGAAACAACAUCUCCGUUAAUGACGAUGUGGUUAUACUGUCACAUUUGUACAGAACACCUUAA